CAACAGGCCUCUGGUUCUCAAUCAGAAGAACACCAUACAGCCGGACGGUAACGCGCUCGGGGUGGAAAUCCUCGACUGGGCCAGUUGCACGUGACUGUUGAUCCUGUGUGGAGGUGACUUCCUUCGUCUGUGAUCCACAUUCUUUCACACACAGGACCAAACAGACAGAAAUACACGAUUGGUAAACAAACAAACUUGAGCGCAAAAGAAAAAAACAAAAAUAACGGAGGAGAAAAAUUGAUAACGAGAAAAUAGAAAAACAAAAACUGCGCUAAACUUUCCCGUGUGAUUUCCCAGCGCCUUGGAUGGUUCAAUGUUGAGAGAAAAAUGCCGGAAGAGCGCUAUUACAAUCCGCUCGACUGCCGGACAAGAUCCGCAGCCAUCACUGCCUUCGUCGUCGUUUAUCUUCUGUUCGCCACCGUCCAGCCUUCUGGUGGAUUGCCCCCAGUCAUCAAAAUCGGAGCCAUUAUGACCGAAGAGCAGCGCGGUAGCCAAACGGAGCAGCUUUUCAAGUACGCCGUAGAGAGAAUAAAUCGCGAUCCGGAGUUGCUACCCAACACGACCCUGAUCUACGACAUCCACUACGUCGACCGCGAAGAUAGCUGGCACGCAUCGAAGAAAGCCUGCUUACAAGUGCAACAAGGAGCGCACGCUAUAUUCGGUCCGUCGGAUCCGUAUCUUGGAGCUCACGUCCAGUCAAUUUGCGAUGCGCUGGAGAUUCCUCACCUUGAGGCCCGCUUAGAUAUGGACAGCGAAUACAAACCCUAUUCGAUCAACGUGUAUCCACCAAUAGACAUCAUCAACAAAGCCUUCAUGGACGUUAUGUUCUUCCUCAAUUGGACCAAAGUUGCCAUCAUUUAUGAAGAAGACCAAGGGUUGGUGAUGCUUCAGGAUAUGAUCCGCGCUCCAAUGGCCAAGCCCAUGGAAAUACUCCUUCGUCAGGCGUCUCCCGACACAUACAAGGACGUGCUCAAGGAGGUCAAAGCCAAAGAAUUCUACAAUCUUGUAAUCGACACCAGGCCGGAGAACAUGAAUUUCUUCCUCAAAGGGGUUCUUCAGCUUCAGAUGAACGAUUACAAGUACCACUACUUGUUUACGACUUUUGACGUGGAAAUAUUCGACUUAGAGGCCUUCAAGUACAACUACGUCAACAUAACGGCAUUCCGAGCCGUUGACAGCGAAUAUUUCCGUGUGAUGCAGACGCUCAAAGAGAUGGAACGGGUUCAAAUGCCCGGCUACAAUCAAUCGGUCAUCAAUCGAACUCGAAUCCUUCAGAUCGAGCCGGCCUUGUUUUACGAUUCGGUCCACGUUUUCGCUCAUGGACUGCAGGCGCUGGACCGCAGCUCUUCUCUUCGUCUGGCCAACAUGUCGUGUGACGAUGAAGUUCCAUGGAGUGACGGCUCCUCUCUAUUUAAUUACAUCAACGCAGUUGAAUACAGGGGAUUGACCGGUCCGGUGCAGUUCCGCGAGGGCCGCCGCACCAACUUCAAGUUUGAUCUUCUAAAACUGAAAUCCCACGCCCUCCUCAAAGUUGGCGAAUGGACGCCUCGAACCGGAGUCAAUCUCACCGACCCAGUGGCUUUCUUCGACGCUGGAACGAUGAACGUCACUCUCGUUGUCACCACCAACUUGGAGCGGCCGUACGUCAUGCUGAACCACGGUAAGAACUACACGGGCAAUAACCGGUUCUACGGCUUCUCAAUGGAAUUGCUGGACGAGAUCGCUCGCAUUUCCAAGUUCAGUUACAUCGUCGACAUCAAUCCGGAUGGGGCCUAUGGCGUCAAGAAUCCCGUCACCGGCGAAUGGAACGGCGUCGUUAAACAACUCAUGUCACACGAAGUGCCCUACGUAUUGCUUGCAUCUGGCUACAAUCUGACUGACAAUGAACGCUACGAAGGCUUCUGCGUUGAAUUGAUCAGAGAAAUCGCUCACUUGGUGGGAUUCAACUACACCAUUCGGCUAGCGCCCGAAGCCAAGUACGGCAUCUCUGAUCCGAAAACGGGAGAAUGGAACGGUAUUGUGCGGGAACUCAUGGAUCGGAAAGCAGACUUGGCGAUUGGUAGCAUGACGAUCAAUUAUGCGCGAGAGAGCGUCAUCGAUUUCACGAAGCCUUUCAUGAACCUCGGAAUCAGCAUCAUGUUCAAGGUUCCAACCAAGCCGCCAGCGCGUCUUUUCUCGUUCAUGAAGCCGUUGACGUUGGACAUUUGGCUCUACGUUUUAGUAGCCUAUGCUUUGGUUUCCAUCACCAUGUUCCUAGUCAGUCGAUUCUCACCCUACGAAUGGCACAAUCCAUAUCCGUGCGUCGCCGAUCCCACUGUCAUCCGCAAUCAAUUCAGUCUGGGCAACAGCUUCUGGUUCACUGUCGGCACGUUGAUGCAACAAGGUUCUGAUCUCAAUCCCAAGGCGGCUUCAACGAGGAUCGUGGGCAGCAUCUGGUGGUUUUUCACGCUGAUUAUCAUCUCGUCAUACACCGCCAAUCUAGCCGCCUUCCUCACCGUCGAGCGGAUGGCCUCCCCAAUUGAGUCGGCUCAGGAUUUGGCCGAGCAAAGGGAGAUCUCCUACGGGACCCUCGAGAGCGGAUCGACCAUGACAUUUUUCCGAGAUUCGAAAAUUGAAACUUAUCAAAAGAUGUGGCGGUUCAUGGAGAACAAAAAGCCGUCGGUGUUCGUCUCAACCUACGACGAAGGCAUCCGCAGAGUGCUGGAUGGCAACUACGCAUUCCUGAUGGAAUCGACAACGCUCGAUUAUUUUGUGCAUCGAAAUUGUAACCUUACCCAGAUAGGAGGCUUACUCGACUCGAAAUACUACGGCAUCGCUACGCCUAUCGGAUCUCCGUGGAGAGAUAGGAUUUCCUUGGCCAUUCUCGAACUUCAAGAGAAGGGCGUCAUCUACCAAUUGUACAGCAAAUGGUGGAAGAAUAAAGAAGAGGUCUGCAACAAAUUCCCUCAAGGCAAAGAAACCAAGACUACUUUGGGCGUCGACAGCAUUGGUGGCGUUUUUGUUGUCCUGCUGUGCGGAUUGGCCGUAGCUGUCCUUAUCGCCAUCAUCGAAUUCUGUUGGAAUUCGAAGAAGAGUGCGGCCUACGAACAACAAUCGCUAUGCUCAGAGAUGGCCGAGGAGUUUUGUUUUGCCGUCCGCUGUCGAGGAUCCGUCCAGCGUCCAGCUUUCAAAAGGAAAUGCUCCCAGUGCGUCACUCACUGCUCGUACUUGAGAGAAAUGGAUUCUCAUCACGUGCCGGUUCCCACAAACGGACUUUUAGCCGAAAAUUUCCGAGAAGAUUUCAGCACCGAGUACCAAACCGAAGGACUGUCCAAUAAUACCGUCGUUUGAAGAUAUAUUUCCGACUAUUUGAUCUAUUUAAGAUGAUCUCAAUUAUCGGGUUUGAAUAAACUGUUUUCCCUUAUUA